AUGGAUAUCCAGGCGGCGGUGGCCGAUGCGCUGCUGGACGUGACCGACCUGGUGGAGGAGACGCGCCGCGAGGGCCGCGGCGCGCACCUGCCGCCCGACACGGACCGGCUGCUCGACACGUGCCGUCACUUCGCCGCCGAGCAGGAGCUCAGUCGCGAGCAGCGGCUGCGCGCCGUGUCCGAGCGCGGCAAGCGCAGCCGCAAACACUUCGGCGCGCUGCUGUGUCUGGAGGCCAACGUCGAGUGGGUGUCGGUGGACGGCCUCUGGAGGCUGCUGGAGGCCGUUUUGAAGUCGGCUGACGGGCCGGCCGAGCUCCGCGAUAGGACAAUCAAGGUGCUGCUGGACUGCCUGCUCACGGAGCCGGCCUGCGAGGAGCGCCGCCGCCUGUUGGAGCACGUGCUGACGUCGGCGCCCGACCUCCGCACCACCACCUGGGAGCAGGAGCUGCGCACGGUGUCUGCACAGCUGGUGGGCGCGGCCGACGACUCGGUCAGCGAGGCGGCCGAGAGCAGCGGCAAGGCGGCCAUGCUGGUGCAGAGCGGCGUGGCCCGCCAAGCCGGCUGGUGCCGCCCGCUGGCCCGCUUCAGCGUCAUCGCCCUGGACCGGACGCUGGAGCUGGACACGCCGGCCGAGCCGAUGCUAGAGCAGCGGCAGCGGGCGCUGCAGUGUCUGCGACUGAUGGAGGGCGUUGAGGAUCUCGACAGCGACGGCGACCUGGCCGGCCUGGCUGCCCGCUGUCACCCGGUGACAGAGCAGUACGUGGAGCGGUACCUACUGGGCCGGCUGCCCGGCGCCGCCGAGCCGGCCGGUCUGCUCGGCUGCCUCACCGACCCAGCCGCCGCGCCCUGGCGGCCCGACGACCAUACCCUGCUCAAGGCCACGCUCGCAUCGUACCUGCCGUACCUGUGCGCCGACGAGUGGCGACUGCUGCACGCCGGCCUGCUGCAGUACAACAGCGGCUCGGUGCCGUACGCGCCGGCGGCGGCGGCCGCGGCCGCGGCCGAGCAGCGACCCCUGGCGCGCACCGUCUGGUACUACGGCGACCUGGUGACGCUGUGGACGGCGCCGGCGGAGGACGCCCCACCCGAGGAGUCACUCCGCCUACCGGCCGACCGGCUGGCCGCCUGUCUGCGCGCCGUCGCCGUCCAGGUCAAGCGCUCCCUGGAGUCCUGCACCGGUGAGGAGCGGUACGCUGAUGACCUGUCGGCCGUGUUCCUGCCGCUGACGCACCUGAUGACCCUGGUGUCGGACCAGACCGCCCGCGAGCCGCUGGAGCUGCUGGCGCUCUUCGUCACGGCCGAGUUCAUCAAACAAAUGACGAGUCGGAUGGAGGCGGAGGCCAAGCCGGCUAGCGGGCCGGCCUCGGCCACCAUGGACUGGCAGCUGCAGCAGAUGGACGCGUCGGCCGGCGUGCUGUCCCAGUUCGUGGUGGGCUGCUUCAACAUCCCCAACGACUCGCCCAUCAAGAAGCGCGUGCUGCAGCACAUCAGCGGCUCGGUGCUGCGUGACCUGGCGGAGCAGGCGGUCGCCGGCUAGGGCACCUCCGGCUCCGCGCAUCGCCCCGGCUAGGCCGGGCUCGAAGGCUCAGAUCGAGAACUGGGGUAGAAGAUCUGAGGGUGCGGAGGAUGGAGCAGGCCGGUGGGCAGUGCCAAUAGGGUGAUAUUCUGUGGAGGCUUCGGGGUGCUGGGUCGCUGUCGUGGUUUCUCACGCGACGUCAGUUUUGCGUGAGGAAAUUGUGCGCAGUUGAGAGGUGUGAAAAUCGCUGUUUGUGACCUGGACGUAUUUCUCAGAUCACUUGUUGGCCUCUUGUUCAGCAGCGGCUGAUGUCUUGCCAAGUCGUUGCUUCCAUAUCAGUAUUUGUCCGCGCCGCCACUCGUAUUGAAGGUAUGUAACAAAUACAAACGUCGAUUACGUCACUAACCUGUA